GGUAUUUCUCACCAUGGCCACUUACAGCGUCAGGCAAAUUACCUCUUCUGUGGCAGGGCGGCCUGGUGGCUCCUCGGUCCGUUUCGGUGGAGGUGGCUUGAGGGCUCCAAGCAUCCAUGGGGGAUCUGGUGGCAGGGGUGUGGCAGUCUCUUCUGCUAGAUUUGUCUCUUCUGGCCUAGGAAGCGGCCUGGGUGGUGGAUACGGAAGCAGUUUUAGCAGCAGCUUUAGUGGUGGUUAUGGUGGUGGAUUGGGUGGCGGUGAUGGCCUCCUCUCAGGAAAUGAAAAGGCAACUAUGCAAAGCCUGAACGAACGCCUCGCAUCUUACCUGGACAAAGUGCGUGCACUGGAAGAGGCGAACUCUGAUCUUGAAACUAAAAUCCGAGACUGGUACCAAAAACAAGGACCAGGCCCAGCUCGGGACUACAGUCCUUAUUACAAGACUAUCGAAGACCUUCGAGACAAGAUCCUUGAUGCCACUAUCGACAACUCGAAGAUUGUCUUGCAGAUUGACAACGCCAGGCUGGCUGCUGACGACUUCAAAACCAAGUUUGAAACAGAGCGAGCUCUUCGGAUGAGCGUGGAGGCUGACAUCAAUGGCCUGCGCAGGGUCCUGGAUGAGCUCACCCUGGCUAGAACAGACCUGGAGCUGCAGAUUGAAAACUUAAAGGAGGAGCUGGUCUACCUAAAGAAAAACCAUGAGGAGGAAAUGAGUGCCCUGGGAGGACAAGUAGCUGGCCAAGUCAAUGUUGAACUGGACUCUGCUCCAGGCAUUGACCUGUCCAAGACCCUGGCUGAUAUGAGAGACCAGUAUGAACACAUGGCUGAGAAGUACAGGAAGGACGCUGAGGCCUGGUUCCACAAGAAGGCUGAAGAGCUGAACCAUGAAGUAGCUGUCAGUAGCGAACAACUGCAGAGCAGCAAGUCCGACGUCACUGACCUGAGACGCGUCGUCCAAGGGGUGGAAUUAGAGCUUCAGUCCCAGCUCAACAUGAAAGCUGCGCUGGAAGGCACCUUGGUGGAGACGGAAGGGCGUUACAGUGCCCAGCUGGCGCAGUUCCAGGGCCUGAUUGACAGCCUCGAGGCGCAGCUGGCUGAGCUCCGAGCUGAUAUGGAGCACCAGAACAGUGAAUACAGGAUCCUCAUGGAUAUCAAGACUCAACUGGAGCAAGAGAUCACUACUUACCGACAACUCCUGGAAGGCCAGGAGUCCCAGAUGUUUGGCUCCCUUUCUGGAACUGACGACAAAAGAGACAAGCUGGCAGGUGGAAAAUAG